CGGGCCGGGAACGUUGGUCGGGCGAGCUCGGGGCCGGCUCCAGGGAGCCCCUGCUGGGGCGUGCUGCGGCCGGGAUGGAUUUCUCCAGGUUCCUAGCUGACGACUUCGAGGUGAAGAGCUGGGUGAACGGGGCCUUCCGAGCCGGACAGCAGGACGCGCCGGGCAAGGUGGACGCGCACGCGGCCACGCUCGUGAUGAAGCUGCAGCUCUUCAUCCAGGAGGUCAACAACGCAGUGGAAGAAACAAGUCACCAGGCGCUUCAGAACAUGCCGAGAGUCCUGCGGGACAUGGAAGCCUUGAAACAGGAAGCAACUUUCUUGAAGGAGCAAAUGAUCCUUGUGAAAGAGGAUAUUAAGAAAUUUGAAGAGGACACAGCUCAGUCAAUGCAGGUCCUGGUGGAGAUCGAUCGAGUGAAAUCCAGAAUGCAGCUGGCUGCCGAGUCACUCCAGGAAGCAGACAAGUGGAGCACGCUGAGUGCAGAUAUUGAGGAGACCUUUAAAACUCAGGACGUGUCUGUGAUCUCUGCCAAGCUAACCAGCAUGCAGAGCAGCUUGGCAAUGCUUGUGGACACACCGGACUACUCAGAGAAAUGUGUGCAUCUUGAGGCACUGAAGAACCGGCUGGAGGCCCUGGCCAGCCCUCAGAUUGUCGCCACAUUCAAUGCUCAGUCUGCAGAUCAGGCCAAAGUGUUUGUGAAAGUCUUCACUGAGAUCGAUCGGAUGCCCCAGCUCCUUGCAUAUUACUACAAGUGUCACAAGGUGCAGCUGGUGGCAGUCUGGCAGGAUCUUUGUCAGAGCGAUUUAAGCCUGGAUCGGCAGCUGACUGAGCUGUAUGACACUCUGCUUGGAACAUGGCACUUGCAACUCCAGUGGGCCAUGCAGGUUUUCAAGAACCCCCACGAAAUCGUGACUGUGCUGGUGAUCCAGACGCUAGGGGCAUUGGUACCUUCCAUCCCUGUCUGCCUCAGCACUGCAAUGGAGCGAGCAGGUCAGGAAACAAAGCUGACGAAGCUGCUGGAGCUCUAUGACACCACCCUGCACUUUGCACAAGGUCUGGAGGUUGCGAUGCUGCCUAAUCUACAAGAACAUAACUUGGUAAAAGUGAUGGAACUGGUGGAAGUGGUAUAUGGUCCAUAUAAGCCCUAUCAGCUGCAGUAUGGAGACCUGGAAGAAGAAAACCUCCUCAUCCAGAUCAGUGCAGUGCCCCUGGAGCACUGGGAAGUAAUUGACUGUGUCCAGGAGCUGAACCACUCAGUGAACAAAAUCUUCAGCUUGGCUUCUGCAGCCAUCGACAACUGCAUGAAACUCACUGAUGGACUGGGCGUGUGUGGACUCCUCAAGGCCCUCAGAGCUCUUUUUGCCAAGUAUGCAUCUGACUUCACCAACACUUUGCAGUCUGUACGGAAGAAAUGCAAACUGGAUGAUAUCUCUUCAGAUUCCCUCUUCCAGGAGGACUGGACUGCAUUCCAGAACUCCAUCCGAAUAAUAACAACUUGUGGCGAACUCCUUCGGCAGUGCGGGGACUUUGAGCAGCAGCUAGCAAACAGGAUUUUAUCCACAGCUGGGAAGUACCUCUCUGACUCCUACAGCCCCUGCAGUUUGUCCGGCUUGCAGGAUGUCAGCCUGGCUGACAAGAAGAGCACAGGCAAGAACCCCUGGCAAGAAUUCAAUUACCUUCAGAAAGAGAACCCAGCUGAGCAUGCCAGCCUCUUGGAAACCCUCUACACCCUGAAGGAGAAAGGCACAAGUAACCACAGCCUGCUGUCUGCAUCUCGAACUGCCCUAACCCGCCUCAACCAGCUGGCACACCAGUUGGCAUUCGAUUCUGUUUUUCUUCGCAUAAAACAGCAGCUGUUGCUCAUUUCCAAGAUGGAGGGCUGGAGCUCGGGUGGCAUUGGCGAGACACUAACUGAUGACCUACCAAACUUCAGCCUGACUCCCCUGGAAUACAUCAGCAAUAUUGGGCAGUAUAUCAUGUCCCUGCCACUGCAUCUCGAGCCGUUUGUUACACAGGAAGAUUCUGCUUUGGAAUUAGCAUUACAUGCUGGAAAGCUGCCAUAUCCCCCAGAGCAAGGGGAUGAGCUGCCCGAGCUGGAUAACAUGGCCGACUACUGGCUGGGUUCCAUUGCCAGGGCCACGAUGCAGACCUACUGUGAAGUGAUCCUACAGAUCCCAGAGCUCACUGUCCACUCCACGAAGCAGCUGGCCACAGAUAUCGAUUAUUUAAUAAAUGUGAUGGAUGCCCUCGGCCUUCAGCCAUCCCGGACACUCCAGAACAUUGUCACGCUCUUGAAGACCAAACUGGAAGACUACCGGCAAACAGCCAAAAGCAUGCCCCGCAGGUUAGCCAGCACCAUCGCCACCAUGAGAGGCCUGGAGUACUGAUGCGGAGGCUGUAACAAGCUGCAGCUGCAGAUGGUGUCCGGACCUUGUCUGAACUGAAUCUUUUCUCCGCAAAAGUUUCUGAAGAUUAUGGGACCUGAUUGGGGGAAAGGGGGUUUAUUUGUGAAUUGUUUUAAUAAAGGUCGUCCUUUGGCAGGGUGAA